AUGCCGACCCCAGAGUCCGAACUCUUCCUUGCCAAAAAGCCCAAGGUUGCGCCAACCUUUGACGGUGUCGACUACGAGGACAACACUGCGCUCAAGGGCGCGCAAGAUGCUAUCAUCAGGGAGCAGUGGGUGAGGAGCAUGAUGGCGAGGUUGGUGAGGGACGAGAUGGGCAAGUGCUACCGGAGGGAGGGGGUCAACCACUUGGAGAAGUGUGGACAUUUGCGAGAGCGUUACUUCGAGCUCCUCAAGGACGCAAAGGUCAAGGGAUACCUCUUUGCCCAACAAAACUACGUCGACGAUGCGUUGAAGCGAUAA